GAGAAUUAAAAAGGAAAUCAAGGUUAUGAUUUCAACGCUUCCCUUCCGUUAGAACUUCUGGUGGCCCUGAAAGCUGUGGACUGUGGAGGCCCGGCGCUUCGGUAUCGACAAAGACAAAUACUUUAUAAAGAGCAGCAACCAUACACGCCGCAGUUUCAGUGGGCUCUGGAUCGAGGAAAAACCUCCAACCGUGUGGUUGAUCUAACUCCUCUAUCCACUCCCACUCUACCUCACCUACCUUCGCCCACCGCCGCGGCUCAAUUACGCCAUUAAGAACCCAUAUUCGCAAAGAUCUGGAAAUAUUAGCACUUUUGGAAUUAAGGAAGAGAAAUAGAAGGAUGGAAUUUGAGACUUUUGGGAAUCGAUUUUCGGUACUACUCUAGAAAAGAAAAAGAAUUGCAUUUCUGCUUUCUUUUCCACUUGCUCGCUGUAUUGGAUUUAAGAAUUGUAUUUGGCCUUGAUUUCCUGUAUUUCUAAGCUCAGUUUUUGUUUAGCAAAGCCCAGUUGUUUUCUCUUCACUAUUGACAUGUCCUCCAUUCUGUAGCGAGUUAAGAACAAGAACAAGAACCCAGUUCAUUUGUCACGAGCAUUUUACAAGCACGCGCAUACUCGUUCAUUGCUCGUGAUCCUUUGUAUCUCACUAACUGGUCAUUUCUGAUCCUUUGGAACAACUCGAUGAAUUUAGAAAUGUUUUUAGGAGACCACAAUGACCAUAGAUAUUAUCCAAUUUCUACGUUGCGAUGGUUGACUAAUUUAGAUCUUCUUCGUGUUGCUUUGUCUUUGAAUUUUUUCUUUUUUUUUUUUUUUUCACCGAAAGUUGUAUGGCAUCCACAAUACUCAAAUUCGCUAGAUAACCACUAAGUUGAGCUUUUCUGUUUUUAAGUCCGUGAUGGUUAGUGAACACCCUUGAAGAGAUUUAUUUCGCAUCUAAUAAAGGGAUUUAAUUUUACUUGUACAUAGAAAGUUUUAGAAAAUUGUUUCUCAUAAUAUGAAAUGUUUAUGGACAAUUAAAAUGUCUCACAUGAUAUACUGAUGUCUUCUAUUUUCCUUGAUAAGAAACAUCCCCCAUUAUUUUUCUCUCAUGAAAAUGAAGACAGAAUCUGCCCCAACACUCGCAUCCUUUCCAUGUAAGUUUGUCCCAGCAUACUCCUGAAAAUGGUAUAUAAUUACAGAAGUUGAGAAGAGAGGAUCUUUGGCAUCAAUGGCAGCAUCAGCAAAAACCCUCACUGUUGCAAACCGUAGUUUAAAUGGAGACUGGACAGUUGUUUUACCCCGUCGUGGCAGACAGAGAAAACAUUUGCCAACAAUUAGAUCUCAGGAACAACAACAACCGUGGGUUCCAACUGAUGUUGAAACUGAUCCUAUCAGAACAUCUAAAUUAAUACAGAAGAUGCAGAUCUGCAUGAAGAAAAUUGAGAGCUCUUCAUUCUACCGUACUCUACUGGAUCAAAUUCAAACUCCAGAAAUCUUGCAUUGUUUACGUAGGGUCUUAGGCUCCGAGUCAAAGAUGCAAAUGGUGAUUUAUGGUAUAGGCAGCAUCGAAUCAUAUGAACCCCCUCGAUUGCAGCUUAGCCUUGCAGUCUUGAUGAAGAGGAAGUUCAGUUGGAUUGGAGAGAUUGAGGUUUUUGAUCCUAUUCUUUCUGCAACUGAAUCUCGGGUAUUGGAAGCUUUAGGUUGUUCUGUUCUCUCAGUAAAUGAGCAAGGACAUCGACGUGCUGUAAAGCCAACAAUGUUUUUUAUGCCACAUUGUGAGGCAGAGUUGUAUGACAAUUUAUUGCAUGCAAAUUGGGGAGUGGAGUUGUUGAAUCGUGUAGUCUUGUUUGGAAAUAGCUUCAAGACAUAUGAGCAGCAUAUCUCAGAAUUUAAGAACUCGGCUAUCGUUGGUUCGGCAAAGCGAAUCUUGUCUAUUCGCCCAUUUACAAAGGAAUUCAGGAUUGAUACAGUUUCAGAUGAUUAUUUUGGUGCUUUCCAUGAUUCAAGUUGGCAUUUUUUUGGCCCUGUUCUUGAGACAGAGCUGCCGUAUAUCAAAUUUUGAUGAAAAAUAUCAAUUGGUUUCAGUAAUUGGAUGAUGUUUUGAGACAUAUUUUUUUGUCUUCCAAAUUUCUUUUGGAAGGAAUAAUAUUAUUGUCAUUUGCAUGUAGAGUGGGUUGUAUGUUUUGA